GUCAAAUAAUUUGUCACCUUUUGUCAUGCGUAAAAAAUUUCAAAUACCAAAAGAAAAUAUUGAAGAUUCGGAUAUAAUAGACGAUCUUUCAGAGAAUACUGAAUGUGAAGAAUGUAUUAUUAAUGAUGUACAAUAUACAACAACAAAUAACAUUACUAGAAGUAUCGAAAUCAGUAACCAAAUUUUACAAAAUUCUACGAUAGAUUCCACUAAAAGUGUUGUAAAUGAAAAACCACGUAACUCAAACAUUACAACUACCGAAGAAAGUGAUUGGUUUUAUUUCUCUGAUAAAGAUCAUGUAUGUGAAUCAUGUGUAGUAAAAUCAACAAACUUAGAAGAAAAUUCAACUGAGAAACUGUAUAAAGUUUCGGUAAUUAACGAAUUUAAAAACAAUGCAGAUACAACUACUACACAACAUGCUCGAAACUAUAAAGAAAUCAGUACGAAACUAAACCCCAACUCUAAAAAAACUCAAAAGAAAACUGGCAAGACACUUGAUACAAAAAAUAUAGAAACUACUGAAAACAUUUCAUGUGAAGAGUGUGGAGAAGACGUAGACAAAUACACUAACCCUUCAAAAGAUACUGAAAAGCUACAAACAGAUAUAAACGAAAAAUACAAUAUAGCACAUAUAAAAAUUGGUAUGCAAACGAAGUCCUCGAAAAAUAUUACUAAAACCAGUUCACAAAAAGAUACCUCUACUGAAAUAUAUUACCAAACGCAAAAUGCUUCAGUAAUAGUGGAAAGCACAGAACCAAACUUUACUUCUGAAAAGACUGGUUACACAAAACACAUAACUCAAACACCGAUCAAAACAUCAACUUUUAGUGAAAGUUUUAGAGAGAAUACAACAUUAAACGAAACUAUAACAUCUUCUAAAAGCAAUGUUUAUAAAAGUAGAGUACCAACUGAAAGCGAGAUCACAACUGAAAAUGCUACUACAGAGAUCAAGGAACAAUCCGAAAUUCCAAUAACGCCAGAAAAAAAUGCAGAAACUUCGUGGAAACACACAAUAGCCACUUUUCAAGAUACAUUAUCGUCAGUGAAACGGGCUACUGAAACUCUGCCAACAAAUAUGAAAGUUUUAACUGAAAUAAGUCCAAGUACAGAAAUACUACUUGGUUCUGUUCUUACAACAAAAACAAAGGAAGUUUCCAUUCAAGAAGUUACACCAAGCAAAGAAGAAGAAACUUUUUCUGACGAACUAAAACUAACCGAAGAAAUAAAAACUACUACAAUUUCACUACUGACUGAAGAGAGUAGUACUGUUCACAGAAUUGCAGAAGAAAUGAGUAGCGAAAUGACAACUGAACCAACAGUUUUUCACGAAGUUUUAAAUACAACCCUAGAAGAAAAUACAAUAUUGUCUACUGAAAGCAGUUAUUUUUAUAAGGCUACAGGAGAAUUUGAAAGCCAAAUGACAACUGAAAAUGCUACUAUAGAGUUAGAAGAACAAUCUGAAAUCUCAAUGACGACUGGAGAAAAUGUAGGCAUUUCGUGGAAAUACCUAACAGCCACUUUCCAAGAUACAUCAGAGAUACCAGUUACUGCAACUGUAAAAACAAGUGCGGAAGUUUCAACUGAAAUGAUUCCUAGUAAAGAAGUAGUAGUUAGUUCUGUUGUCACAACAAAAACAGAGGAAGUUUCCAUUCAAGAAGUUACACCCAACAAAGAAGAAGAAACUAUUUCUGAUGAACUAAAAUUAACCGAAGAAAUAAGAACUACUACAAUUUCACUACUGACUGAAGAGAGUAGUACUGUUCACAGAAUUGCAGAAGAAAUGAGUAGCGAAAUACCAACUGGACCAACAGUUUUUCACGAAAUUGAAAAUGUAGGCAUUUCGUGGAAAUACCCAACAGCCACUUUCCAAGAUACAUCAGAGAUACCAGUUACUGCCACCGUAGAAACCAGUGCGGAAGUUUCAACUGAAAUAAUUCCUAGUACAGAAGUAAUUAGUUCUGUUGUCACAACAAAAACAGAGAAAGUUUCCAUUCAAGAAGUUACACCCAGCAAAGAGGAAGAAACUAUUUCUGACGAAGUAAAACUAACUAAGGAAACAAACACUACUACAAAUUUAAUAGUUACUGAAGAAAGUAAAAGUUUACAUAUAGUUACAGAAGAAAUAAGUAACGAAAUGACAAUUGAAAAUGCCACCACAGAGCAAGAAGAAAAAUCAAAAUUGCCAAUAGUGUCAGAAGUAAAUAUUGACAUUACAGAAAAAUAUACAACAGAAACAACCAUUUUACACGAAGCUAGGAGUAGAUCGUUUUCCGACAUACUAGCUCCUUCAGGUAAAGAAACAAGCACAGAAGUUUCCGCUGAUAACAUUACUAGUGGACAAAUAAAAGUUAAAGAAGAAUCUAAAACGAAGAGUACACAGAAAGAAAUUAAAGAGACUUCAAAGUUAGAAUUUUCUACAACACCAGAAUAUAAAAGACCUCUUAAAAUUACAAGCACUCAAAAACAGAAGAGUUCGAUUUUAGAAAGUACCAUCCUCACUCAUACAUUUUCUCAAGAAACAGAGACUACUACAAUAGAAGCUACAGAAGGUUUAACUGAAAUAAUAAACUUACCUUGUGACGAUUUCUUAGUAACCUUGACAGAAAUUAGUUCAGCAAGUACGCCAUCGACUGAGUUAUCUUCAGAAGAAAAUAUUCCAAUGGAAAUCAUAUCUGCAGAAGAAAACGUAGAUAUUACCGAACAAGUAGCUGAAUCGUUUUCUGGUGCAGAAAACCUAGAUGCUACAGAAGAAAUACAAAGAGAUGCGACGAAGAAAAAUGUAAAUGGGAAGAAAAUUAAAAAUAUAAUGGUUUAUUUAAACGAUUCAGUUACAACACCGAAACCUACAAAAACAAUAGUAAUAAUUGUUAAUAACUCUGGUAAACGGCUUCACAAAUUAAAUGAAACAACUUUAGAGAAACUGGUGAACAAGACAAUAGAUGAAGUGAAUUUAGAAUAUAUUGACCUGAAUAAUCUAUCGCAAGAAGCGGAAAUACAGAAUGGGUCUGAGAAUGCUGAACUUGAUAUUCCUGACAUUUUGAAAGGUGAUGGAAAACUAUGUACAAAAUCUGAGUACAAUUCCAGUCGAUACUGUCCUUGUGACGUCGAUUCUUAUGUAAAAACGUUACAAACAAAAAUAGAUAACAACACAGACACUUCAACCGUAAGUUGUCCAAAAAUGAUAAGUUUUCAUGACGGGUUUCUGAUUACGAAUAAAACCGAACCUCUUAGAAGAAAGAAGAGAAGCUUGUUAUAUAUGAGCAAUGUUGGACCAAAUGUGUUGGUAUAUCCAAACAAAAAGGCAAGAAUAUACUGUAUAAAUGAAGCCGAUAGACUUUUAGAUUCAAAAGACGUAACUUUCAAGUGGGAAUAUACUAAAGAUAAUGAAGGAAAAGGUGAACUUUUACCAUUUUCCGAAAAUCCUUUAGUUAUUCAAAACGCAGACGAGAAAACCACCGGAAACUACACUUGUACAAAAAUCAAAAACGAAACCUUCGAAAAUUAUACACACGAGAUGCAACUAAUAACAUUCCCGGUAUAUAAAAUUAAACUUGAAAUAUUAUAUUGGAUUAAUGAUAGCUGUUCCUUACAAACGGGGGAUAUUUUAUUUGCAUACUUGCCGAAAAUAAUUGGCCCUGUACUCUGUGGUGGUAAUGGAAGAUUGUGUCACGUGGAUAUCGAAAGACCUCGUUGUUUCAACAAAGAGGAUAACACAUAUUUUAAAGUGUCUGUUACAGCUACCAUGAAUGACAUUUACGAAAUUUUACCCACAACAGACGAUGAUAAUUGCAACUUGAAUUGCAGAUUUAAGGCAUAUACAAAUAUUAUCUACCUGGUUAAUAAAAAUGCAAAAAUUGUUAGAAGCAUUCCAAUACAUUCAAGACUUGAUACGGAUCUGGACUUUCUGACGAAUAUGACGACAGUAACAAACAAGCCAUCAAAACUUAUAACUACUUGCAGAGGAGGCUAUGGUAUUGAAAAAUUUAAACAAAGAGUAUGUGUUAUUUGUCCUAAACAUACAUUUAGCCCAAUUGAUGAAGCUUUUUGUAAAGUUUGUCCUGCUGGACAAUAUCAGCCUCAUCUGGGAUCACAGGGCUGUAUCCCGUGCCUUUCCCCACUUGAUGAUACAAUGUGUCUCAGAAUGUUGGUAGAAAACACUGAGUCAGGAAGCGAACCAGACGGGUAUGUGUCGUCCAGUGAUGAAUUCGUUCCUUCAGAUACGGGCUAUUCGGAUGAUUUAGACUACUAUAAAAAAACCACAAACAAGAUGUUUUCCAAAAAAAUACAUGAUGCUAAAAGAAACAUCUUCUCUUAA